CAUUAAAACACCAAACGCGUCCUAAUUGCGCGAGUAUGAUACAGUUUAUUUAAAAAUUUUAUAUUCAUAUUCAUCACUUUAUUCGAUUCUUUACUACUGUUUUACCUUUCUCUCAGCAUUUAGAUAUUCGACUUACACAUUAUUAAUAUCUUCACCUACAAUUUGUUCACUUCUGCCCCUAUUUGGUCCGGCACAGAUAUCCAUCUCCUUCGUUCUUUUUUCAUUUUCGCUUCAAAACACCGGAAAUUCGAGUUUUAGUUAGAGGCGCAGACAGCUAAUUACUCUUCAAGAUGGGUUGCUGUGGUUCAGAAGACGACUAUUAUACGGUCACUCCUUACCGACCACCAAACGAGAAGCCCCAUCCCUCGGUGUACAAUCAACGCCAACCAGAGCGGCAUAAUCAACCUCGAUACAGGGAUCCCAGGCGUGAAGAGGCAGACAAGCGUCAACGCCAGGCGCAAGCUACUGCAGCCGCCAGAAACUACGGUUGGCCAACAACACGUGGUGUCGCCGGUAACACUAACCAUCACCGAGGAAGCGGUAGCAGGGAUUCAAUCAUCGAGCCUGGUCUCGCAGGCGGGCUUGCCGCUAUGCCUGGGUCAGACUUCAGAGCAGUUUAUGAUCCUCAGCGACACCGCCAGCGACAGCAACAGCAACAACAACGGCAGCAGCAGCCAAUUCAUCGACCCAAUCCCGUCCCACCGUUUCAACGACCACCAUACUAUCAGCAAAGAUUCGUCAGCCAGCAGCCACCCAGGAUGCCAAUGAUGAGCGCGAUUCCGCGAGCAUCAGAGGAGCCGCUAGCUCGCCGGCAACAAGUCAUCGCGCGGAAGCCUGUCGUUCAGGGGCGUCGAACCCAGUUCCAUGCCCCUCAGGUAGCGCGGCUCGUGCGCCGAGACUCCAACGGUAUUUCCGAGUGUAGCGACGAUGAUUUCGACCGCGAGGAUCUGAGGCAGUAUACGGUUUCGCCCAUACAGUCCCCUCCUCCUCCGGCCGACAGGGGCUAUAGAACUUUUAGAUGAAAAUUAUGUUGAUAAUGGUAUAACUGCACAUUGGUAAAGUCUCGUUUUGGUAGUUUAUUUCUAUGUUUAUGUUCCCCAAUUCAAUUGUUUACUUGUAAUUAGCCUUGGAGCCAAAAAGGUAAGACGAGAAAGGACACUCUACCCUGACAGCGCAAGUACGUUAGUCUUAUGUGAAUCAAUUAUUCGCCUAUGGUAUGGUUGCUUGAAUCCAGCGCAGGCCAAUGUUGAAGGAUACAUGAUUGAUGAAUGUAUAUGUCUAAGGAAUUACCUACACGCUCAGUGAAAAGAGAUAAUUAGUGACUUGAGUACAAUAUAAGAACAGCAGCAUAAAUGGAAACUUUUAUCAUCGGCACAGACUGAACCGACUUUGGCUUCUUUAACUUCUAUUCAAAGCCUUCUGACCAAAGGCUGCUUAAUGAAAUAAGUACCUAGAGAGAUUAGCGACAGCAUCAACUGUGCGAUGUUACAUUAGGAGAAGCCACGAACACAAUUCAUGUUGCGACUGCCAUGCUCUCGGGUCGAGUAAGA